AUGGUUUUCUGCACAUAUUGUGGUCACUCGUUCACCAGGGACGAGCAUCUCGAAAGACACAUUCUCACCCGUAUGGCCAACCGUUAUCUCCUUCAGGAACAGACCCUUGCUGACCAUCUCAGANNCACCAACGUUAAGCCCUUCAAGUGUUUCACCUGCCACAUGUCAUUCGCUAGACGCGAUCUCCUUCAGAGACAUUACACCGUCCAUGGCCGAGACCAGAACCAAGAGAUUAUUCCUGCUGCCAAUGGCAUGAUCCCAAAGUCAGCCGGAAGAACACCAAUUGCAUGCAGCAACUGUGCCAAAACAAAGACCAAGUGUGACAAGAAGUUCCCCUGCAGUCGAUGUGCGGGCCGCAACCUUCGAUGCACUCUCCGUCCCACUCGUCGCUCAUCCAAAAAUGCCAACCGCAUGGGCUUGAUCACUGCCGAGACCAUCGCCAGUGGUGUUGCCAAUGGCAUCCUUCCUCCAGACCAGACCGUCGCUGCCGAGGCCGCUCCCAUGCCUGUCACUUCUCCAAAGUCGGCCGAGAAACACAUGCACCAGAAGCCGUCAAGUCCGGGAUCUGGUGUACCUACAACCAUCCCUGAGGAGAAGCUUAUGAACGAUGUCUCUGCUCAGUACUUUGAGCCACCAAUGUCUAAUGGUCAUACCUCUCCCGCCCAGCAAGUCUCACCUUUGGCUACACCCGACUCUGGCUUUAUCCAAGGACACAUGCCCACCUACGAGGAUUUCAUGAACGGUACCAAGGAAGACGAUGCCAACCCUCGCUUCAUGCUUGACUGGGGCCAGAUGCCUAUGCCCAUGGCCUUCGACCACAUGGCUCGUGCAGACUUGAUGCUUGAUCCCAGCAUGGGCUUUGAUCCCACUCAGUUGUCCUUGAUGCCGCCCAACGAGAACACUCUUACCAUCAUUCCCGAGAUGGCCAAUGCCGGUGCCCCCUUGAUUACGCCUAUUGAGACACCCAAGGUCGAACGUUCGUUCGCCGAGAUGGAUAUCGGUAAUUCUAACAUGUUCUACGCACAUGCCAGACACAUGUCGACUGCCUCACUGGCGUCCAACGAUGGACAGGACAUUAGGGCUGUCAUCGCUGCUCAGGACGGAUGGAAUGUAUUCCGAUGCACACCUACCGUUCCUUCGAGCUCGUGUCCAACCACCGCCAAGAUGAAUCUCGAAUGCCUAGAGCAGACACUCNNCAAGAACCACGAGGGCUGGAGCACCUGGACUCCCACCUGGGACGAAGCCGACUUUGCCGGCGGCGAGAACCUGGCUGUCAUGCAGCUCCACGAGAGUACACGUGAUAAGCUUCUCGCUAUCACGCAGACCUUCCUUCACAAGGCUCUUGAAACCCAUAAGGAAGGUCAACAAGGUGGUCAGUCUCCCAUGUCGAACGGUGGCUCGAACUUUGUUCUCUUGCCACCAGCUAGAGUGCUCGAGUACUUCCUUCGAUCAUAUGCCAACGGCUUCGAGCGAUACUAUUCAUUGACAUCACGAGGCAUCCUUGACGCAAACGAGCUGAUGCAUUGCUACAAUGACAAAGCUUCUUGCCUCUUGGUCCUCAUGAUGAUCGCUCAAGGCUCAAUGAAUAUCAGCUCCGUCGAAGCCCGAUGGCUUGCUGGCGGUCUCACCGAAGCUUGCCGCAUCUCGCUCUUUGACCUUAUCGAGCGCAACAUCACGAUGGCCAGUGACCCAAUCGCUCUCCACUCUGCCCUUCUCUUCACUUCUCAGGCUGCCUGGAGUGGAGACAAGUGGCAGAUGGAUAUUGCCAUGGGUCAGCGAAGCAUGUACUUCCACAUGUUGCGACACUCGGGUGUUCUGGAUGGCAGAGCAUUCGCAUCUCCUCAGGUCGAUCAUCAAGGCAACGCUGACUCUCUGUGGACCGAAUGGAUCCAGCACGAAAGCCGCAGCAGACUUGUCUACUCGUGGGUCAUGAUCGAUCAGGAUCUUGCUCUCUUCCAUGAUACCGCACCACUGUUCUCUGUGACCGAGUUUGGCGCUCCUAUGCCUGACUCUGAUCGCUUAUGGCAGGCGAAGAGCGCGCCUGAAUGGUCACAGAUCUUCGAACAGGUACAUGAGUUCUCGAGUGGCUACUCCUCUCUUGGCUCAGGUGCCAGACCCAUGUCCCUGCACGAUCUAUUCCGCCACUUCUUAGAUGACGAGAUGGCUUCCCUUGGCAUCGGAAUGACGCCUCUACAGAUGAGGCUACUCCUACACCCUCUUCAGUCCAUGGUUUGUCACUAUGGCCAGCUCAUGAGCUGUUUCUCCGAUUCACUUUCAUCACGCAACAAGACACGCACUGUCACUGCAUCAUCGACUAGAUGUCGUUUGGAGGAAGUACAGUCACUGCUUCAACGCUGGUACGAUAUGGCCGACCGCUACCUUAAGGUCAACCCUAUCUGCGCCGUCAUGCAAGCCAACCUUGUCAUGUUCCACCUUAUCAGCCUGAAUGCCGUCACGAACUUCUCCGAGAUCGAGCGUCUGGCUCGUCGUGAAGGUUUCGAUGGCACCUACCAGCAGUUGGUCUGGACCCACAAGAGAUGCAUCGCCGAUGUCGAGGAAGCUGUCUUCCACUGCGGUCAAGUCUUGCGUAUCAUUCGCUCUAUGCCCCGCGGUGUCCGNCCCCCAUGGUGGGCUGGUGCAGUCUACCGCGCUGCUCUUGUGCUGUGGACUGAUAGUCUAAUCAACAAGGAAACCCCGGCUGCAACUGCCACUGGCGGCUUCCCCUCGCCGGGACCCAGCUUUGCAAUUGAUGCCUUGCCGGUUGGCCACCCUAUGGUCGUUCGCUUCUUGAGCAAGCGUGUAGGUCAGCCUGCCCUUAGCAAGAGGGAUGGUACUCACGUUCCAAUGGACCAUGGUGUCACUGUCCUUGCUCACUGUAUUGAGAUCAUGGACGAAGGCACUUCCAACAGAUUUGUCGAUGGCGUCCGUAACAAGCUCGACCGAUUGAUGAGAAGCUGA